AUGUCUUCGUCAGCCGACGCCGAGGGUUCAGAGGAUGUCAAUGACUUCCUGCUUCGUAUCCGGGAACUCGGAGAGAAGCGCGACAAGGAAGACGAAGAACGUACCAGAAAACUAGAGGAGGAGAUUCUACAAGGCCGGAAGGAGAGGCAGGCUCGAAGAGCUGAACGCGCACGGUCGAUAUCGCCGACGAAAGACUCUCCAUCCAUACUAGAUAAUGCUCGACUGAGCACCUCAUCGUUCAGCCUACGAGCCAUCGAUCCUCCCGAACAACUUGAACCGACUCCCCGAACACCAGAACGUGAUAUCAGCAGCAAAUCGGAAGCCAUUCCGGAUGACGAAUCCGUAACUACCAAUGGUAGUCGAAGAGGGUCUCGAGUGGAAAUAAACGAGCUAGAGUCAUCUCCUAAGGCUCCCUCGGUUUCGCUACGAAGCAGAGCUGGGACGUUGUCCUGGCAGCAACGGCCGUCAUCGCGAGAGCUCAAUAGACCCUUUUUCUCUACUUCCCCCGUUCGGGAAAACCGCUUGAGAGCCAUGUCAAGCACCUCCAUCGACGACCGUGGAUUGUCUGGCAGCCCAACAUUGCGCUCUCCUCCCACAAAAGAGGCUCCUUUGGACCAAGCAGAAAAAAAUGCUAGCUCCCCCAUGCGGACAGUGACUGUCGAAGAAAAACUCCAAGACCUAUCUACGCAGGAUAAAGAUCCUAAAGCAUCGGAGAUAGAGCCGGAGUCUACGCAUGAGCUGGAAAAGGAAUCCAGUCAACCCGAAGUUGGAGAGAUACGCUCACGUUCACCAUCAAGGGCAAGCUCCACCUUCGCAGAAAGUAGUCUCGGCCAUCGAUAUUCAAGCGUUUCCUCCGUCUCAACAGCUACAGGACUAGGAUCUCCCGUACCUCUGUCAAGUGCACAAAAGCUCGAGCCCCGAAAGACAGAGGCAGACCCAGAGGACCAAACGACGACGCCCCUAUCGCCCAGACGUCUCUCUCCGGAACGUUCAACUUCGCCAACCAAGGGACUUGGAGGGUUUGUGCAAAGCGCAAUGAUGAAACGAUCUGAUAGUGUUUCAAAACGUUGGAGUGCUCAACUUCCAUCAGGAUUGAGCCGCGGCCACUCAUUCGCAGGGAAUAGAAAUAGUUUCGCUGCGCCGAGUAAAAAUGACCUUUUGUCUUCACCUCGACUUACCCCUGACAGCUCGACUUUAACAACGCAUCGACCAGGUUCUAGCCACAGACCAAGCUCUAGCCACAGCGAGGCAACGAUUAUCAAAGAGAGUGAACGCCCAGCUACUCCGCCUGUUUCUAGCGGCAAUGACACCAUACGACCUGAAUGGAGCCCCGGAAGGCCACAACUUGCACUCCAUACAAGAUCUGCUAGCGCCUUGGAGAACAAUGAUUCCAGCUCACUACCUGCAACUAGCCCUGUAGUCUCUAGAACUAUGGACCCCAAGCGUUGGAGUCCAACCAAAUCCACUUGGCUAGAGAGUGCUUUGAACCGUCCCGAUUCUCCGAGGCAUAAGAAACAACCCUCGCAAUCAACAACGUGGAACAGAGAACGGCAGUCAAGGGGUAGUAUCGAUAUGGGCCGGUCGAAUACCUUUAAAGAAGUUACACCUGUGGGAUUGAUGCGUACCGCCGCUCCUGGCAGCCACUCAAAAACCUCGAGUGUUUCUGGGAUGCCAGAUUUGUUCGGUACAACCGACACGGCAAACAAAGUAAAGGAGGCUCCAGCGGAAACCACCGCACCUGACACUGAGGGCAAUAAUAUACAAUCUGCGGAGAAAAGCUCUACAGAUCCUUCAAAGACAGCGGAGACCGUACCGGAGAAUUUCCGGGCCAACCUCCGAAAGCGAGAAGUUGUCAAGGAUCAAGGACCCAAGGAAGAGCCAGAGUUCAAGAAUGUUUUUGGAAAGCUGAAGAAAACAGAAUCAUCGAAUUAUGUUCCACCUGACAAGCUCAAAGAUAAUAUACUGAGAGGGAAAGCAGCAUUGAAUGCUACAGGAGGCCCGAAGAAAACCCAGAAGGUUGACGAGCUGAAAGAAAGUAUUCUGAAACAGCGAGAGGCAAUCAAAUCCAGCGGAGGCUCAAUGCGGCGCAACACUGUUGGGGAAAACGAUGCUCCUAUGAAGGUCGUUCCUGAAGCCAUUGCGAAACGGCAAAACCUGACAAAGUCCAGCAGUGCCAAAAGCAACGUGUCUGACACUCCUGUCUCCCUUUCUCCUAGGGAGCCGGGUACACCACAGCUUUCACCCCAACUUCCUUCGGAACUUGAGCAUUCUCCUAGCCCACAACUUGCCACGGAAGAACAUAAUGCCGAUGCCCCUAAUACCCAGGAGCAAGCCCCUGAACCCGACCAUCCUAUCAGCGAACAAAAUAGUAAAAAUGAACCGAAUGAGUCAAAGGAUCAGUUGGAGGAUGCGGUAAUUGGAGAGCGGGAGAAAUCAAGUGAAGAGGCUAUCCAACCGGUGCGUGCUUUGCCAUCGGGGAAUGUCGUGCAGGCCACAAAUCCGCCUGCUUCAACUGAAGGUCUUGCUACUAAAGGUAAACUCGCAGGCCGAAUAAACCCUGCCUUGGCAGGCCUCUUGUCGCGCGGCCCUCCCGCGACAGUAAAUGGGUCGAACAACGCGUUGCUCGUUAAUGAUACCGUCUCCUCAGCCCCGAGUCCUGCUACUGCGACGCUCACGCAUAUGACGAAGAACCGCGCCAGGGGCCCGAAAAGACGUCUCCCGAACCCCGUGGCUUCAGAAGCCGUAGAUCCCCCAUCCAAGGAAGCGACAGAAUCUUAUGAGACCCCGGACUUUCCUGAUAUAAGCGAGCCUGAAGACUGGGAUUCCGCAGCAGAGGAGCCAAAUCCUCGAGAGGACUUGCUAUCUUCUAAGGUGGAAGAGAAGAAAGACCCCGUAAAGGACUUUGGAGCAAAAACAGAACGUGCUACCUGGGAUGUUUCGUCACCUCCAGAUGAGGAAACAGGGGCUUUUAUAAAAGAUCUUGUGCCCAAAACAGAGACUCCUAGCCACGGAGUCCCACCAUCUCUUGAUAUUGAGGUAGACGCCUCCAUGGACCUUGCACAGAAGAAAGAACCUAGUCUUGAAGAGCCUCUACAAUUCUCCGAUAUUAAGGGAGACCAACUCCCUACAGUGGACUCUGCACCGCAGGAAAAGCCUGAUCCCCAAGAGACUCCACGGUUCUCCACUAGCAUGGGAAACGAAGCCCCUACCGUGGUCUCCGUAUUGAAUGAAGAAGAGAUCAUAUCUCCUGAGCCCGUGCUGCCCGUAAUUAAUGAGGGAACAGUUUCUGAGAAUUGUACAUCAAAAAGAGAUACUAUCUCCAGGCUAACAAUGUCACCUGACACCAGAGAGUCCGAGACUAUGAAUCCCGUUUCUAAGGAAGAUACCGUUGUUGAGCAGAUUCCACCACCCUCGGAGAUUGAGGGGCAUGAACCCAUUGGGUCCUUGGAAAGUGAGAAGGCAGAUUCCCCGAAGAGUCUGCUGUCUCCAUCUAUCAUGAGAUCAGACGUUUCCUCUACGGGCCUUGUGCUAGAAAAAGAAACUGAAUCACAGGCAACCGCAGCUUCACCUGAUAUCAAGGAACCUGGGACAAGUCCAUCACCUACUCAAAGCCCCGUAGGUAAUUCUAGCGGCUGGCCGCUCCCUGAUGGUGAUAUUCCCGCGCCUGCUGCUUCGGAAACAGGCCUAGCUCAACCUUCUCCAUCAACCAUAGGCAAGCCUAUUGAGUUUAAGAGGAAUAUUCCUCAUAUGGCCGAGAGAGACUCCAAGCAGAACUUUGGUGCAAUUCAGUCUAAGCCAGCCACAGAAUUCGAGAAACUCACGCAGAAAUUUGAGGAAGCCCAUGGGGAUGUGGAACACCGACGCGAUUCAUUCAAACCGGUUCCUCCGCCAAAAGCAGCCCCAUCCACACCCACCCCCGAGUUUAGGCAAUCCAGAAGCUCGCCAAUCCAUUUUUCUUCUCCGUCUCCGUCUCCAUUGAGGUCUAGCUUCAAACAAAACCAAAUAUAUCCUUCUCCGACUGCUUAUCGAAGGACCGCCCCGGGUAUGUCACCGUCUUCACCCAGGGACAAGUCUUUACCAUCUCCUCCUGUUCCUCCUAAAUCCAGCCCCUCUUUGGACCAAGUCUCUUCUCGAAGAUCUUCAGCAUCAUUGGUGCCCCAGGCCGACGAGUCUCUUGAAGCUAUUUCUGGCUUCUUCAUGACAUUCCCCAAUCCAAGGGAUUCCGUGAAUAUUGAUGCUCAGCUAAUGCUGACGAGUAAGAAUGAGAACCAGAAGAUCAGGACCCUGAGGAAGCAGAUGUGGGAGAUAACAGGUGAUGGAAAGAAACAAGAUCUCCCAGUCAAUCAAGAGUACAUCCUCUACGAAGGCAGCAUGUAUCUCUGUGUGCAUCUAUUCGAAGCUGACGGUGGUGCACGGUCAGAGACUCAUCUUUGGUGUGGUGAUGAUGUUCCCGAUGCAGCAAUAGACGACGCGCAGUCUUUUUCGAAGAAGGUGGCCAAGGAGAAUGGCUGCAAAUUGGAAGUCAUUAAGCAAGGAAAAGAGACAGCGCGUUUUAUACAAGCCCUCGGCGGAAUUCUCAUAACCCGUAGGGGUCUCAGUUCUCGUUCCAGCUCCUCUGCCUUCUUCAUGCUUUGCGGCAGAAAGCAUCUAGGCCAAAUGGUCUUUGACGAAGUGAAUUUCUCCCGCCAGAGCCUGUGCCCCGGCUAUCCGUUCGUAAUAUCUGCCAUGUUUGGCAAGGUAUAUUUGUGGAAGGGAAAAGGCAGUGCAGCUGAAGAGGUCGGAGCCGCUCGGUUGAUUGGCAUGGACCUUGGCUUGACCGGCGAGUUCGAAGAGGUUGCUGAAGAAGAAGAACCAGAGAGCUUCUUUGAGUGUUUCCCACAGUAUGGGGAAUCUGAGGAUUACAUGCGCCCAGAUUAUUGGCGUUUAAAGCCUAACCAUGCAUGUUAUCGCCCAAGACUACUUCGUAUUGACCAUGAGCUCGGCCAGCAGCGGCCAACAGGGUUCUGGCUGCGCCGGCCAGGUUCCGCAUCCCCAGUAAUCCGACCGAACGACACUGUCCAAGAGAUCGAGCCUUUCUGCCAGAAGGACAUCAAGACCAAUGGUAUUUAUGUCUUAGAUACCUUCUUCGAGAUCUAUGUCAUUGUCGGUGCACAAGCGUCCAACCGACCGGCAGAUUUCGUAUCGGCCGUGGUAUUCGCACAUGAAUAUGGCAUUUUAGCUGCUUCGCUCCAAGACCGGCCAUUCAUUCCUAAAAGUUUUGUGUCGCUUGGCGGCGUUCCGGGUAGGUGCUGUACAGCAUUCCGCAAGUGGGAGCAGCCCACCUUGCGGAUGCCCCCACAGGUCUUUCCCUUGAACGCAGCCAUCGAAGCCAUUCGCUCCUAA